CUAGGAAACAUAAAAAAAACCCCAACCGUUCUUCCUCUGAAGAGUGCCUCCAUACGCAGUGAUACACAGGAUGAUUCAUGUGUCUCGAUAGCUUUUCUGUUAUUAUGGAACAAAAACUCGAUUCUACAAGUUGCAAAUGGACUGAGCAAUAAAUAAUGUACAGUGGAUACACUUCGCUGGUCAGGCAGACCCACCGGGUGAUUUGAAACCAUUCACUUUCAGUUUUCCUAAAAGGAAGUUAGCACAUUUAUUGACCGUGAUGCUGGACGUGUGAUCAUGGAGGCCAGAGGUGAUGAUGAUGAGGUUGCACAUUGCCAAAAUAACCAGACAAGUAACGCUAAUGUGUAUACAUGCGAGUUCAGAGAUGACGGGACCAUUGAGAACGCGGAUGUGAAUGAUGAGGAUUUGCUAAUGCACGCUACAACUUUGACCAACAAACAGCGUGGGAAUGAGGUUACAGUACGUCCAGCAACAUUAGACGCUCUGUCAAUACACCAGUUGGCAGCUCAAGGUGAGGUUUCACAAGUGGCUGCACACUUGAGUAAAGAUGGUUCACUUCUGAGUAAGCAGGAUGAACGUGGCUUCACGCCUCUCAUGUGGGCAGCGGCAUUUGGAGAAAAAGCAACGGUGGAUUUUCUCUUGGAAAAGGGUGCAGACCCCAAGACAGUUGCGAGGGAGCGAGAGAGUGCCCUCACACUGGCCAGCUCUGGAGGUUAUGUGGACAUUGUUGAGUGCCUUCUCAAACAUGGAGUAGACAUAAACACUUAUGACUGGAAUGGUGGCACUCCUCUUCUUUAUGCUGUACGAGGGAACCAUAUCAAAUGUGUUGAGGCACUUUUAGCCAAAGGAGCAGACAUGACCAUUGAGUCUGACUCUGGGUACAGCCCUAUGGCCUUAGCUGUUGCUCUUGGACACAAAAAGAUUCAGAAGGUGUUGGAGGACCAUAUUCUGAAACUCUACAAGCCAAAAUGACACUGGUUAAAAUAACUGACUCCGAUUUCACUGGUGUUCAGAAUCCUGUUACAGUUACACUGAGUAAACAGAAAACAGCAUAUUUUAUUAAUUUUUUAUUUUAUUUUCCAUUUAAUCCAUUUGUGUGCAUUGUCCUGUAUGCAACACAAUGAUUUUGUUUGGCUGGAUGACAGCAAAAAUGUCUGUAAACACUUUUUAAUAAAAUGUAUUUUUAUACUUUUCA